AUGACGACCCCGACCGAGGCGGACGCGACGACCGCGUUCGACGAAGGAUGCAAGUCGAUCAAGGCGAACGACAUGGAGCUCGCGAUCGAGAAGCUCGCGCGCGCGCUCGAGAUUCGCAGCGCGCUCUACGGCGAGCAAGACAUCAAGACCGCGAGCGCGUAUUACAAGUACGGAUGCGCGCUCUUCUACAAGGCGCAGGACGAG